UCGACUUUUAAGAUGCAUUCUCUCAAGCGGUUAGGUAACAAACUGGGGUAAAGGGUCCAAGUCAUUUUUUGGAUGCUGAGGCCAGCGACACGUCAUCAAUCCUGCUGCUAUGAUUGGCUGAGAAGACGGAUAUUAACAUGUAGGACAAAGGUUGCGGUGGUCUAGUCUGUUUAUGUUGCUUGUGCAUUAGUAACACAACAAUGCUGCUCAACAAGGUUCUCAAAGCCAGUUUGCGGUCUGGGAUCCGGCUGCAGAGCUCCAGUGCUGCUGCUGCAUCCAGUGUUGCAGGAUCCCACAGCACAGCUUCCCAAGGCUACUCAUUUGAGAUGACGGAUCAGCAAAAGGAGUUCCAACAGCUGGCGAGAAAGUUUGCACGUGAAGAGAUCAUCCCUGCUGCAGCUGCUUAUGACCGGAGUGGUGAAUAUCCUGUCCCCAUCAUCAAGAAAGCCUGGGAGCUUGGUCUAAUGAACGGCCACAUUCCACAGGAAUAUGGUGGAAUGGGCUUGUCCAUCUUUGACAACUGUCUUAUCACAGAAGAGUUGGCUUACGGCUGCACAGGAGUACAGACUGCUAUCGAGGCAAACUCUCUAGGACAAAUGCCUGUUAUUCUAGCCGGCAGUGACGCACAGAAGAGGAAAUACCUGGGAAGGAUGACUGAGGAGGCUCUUAUGUGUGCGUACUGUGUGACGGAGCCCGGCGCGGGCUCUGAUGUGGCCGGCCUCAAGACCCGGGCUGUGAAGAUGGGUGAUGAGUAUGUCGUUAAUGGGCAGAAGAUGUGGAUCACCAAUGGUGGGAAAGCUAACUGGUACUUCCUCCUGGCCCGAUCUAACCCAGAUCCUAAAUGUCCAACCAGCAAGGCUUUUACUGGCUUCAUUGUGGAUGCUGACACUCCAGGAAUUCAAUUAGGAAGGAAGGAGAUGAACAUGGGCCAGAGGUGCUCUGAUACCAGAGGCAUCACCUUUGAGGAUGUGAGAAUACCAAAGGAGAACGUCCUGAUCGCGGAGGGCUCUGGCUUCAAAAUUGCCAUGGGUGCCUUUGACAACACUCGUCCACCGGUGGCAGCAGGAGCGACAGGCCUGGCGCAGAGGGCCCUUGAUGAAGCUACCAAUUAUGCACUUGAGAGGAAGACCUUUGGCAAAGUUAUAGCUGAGCACCAGGCAGUGUCCUUCCUCCUAGCUGAGAUGGCGAUGAAGGUGGAGCUGGCCAGGAUGGCGUACCAGCGGUCUGCCUGGGAAGUAGACCAGGGCCGCAGAAACACUUACUACGCCUCCAUCGCCAAGGCCUUCGCUGGAGACAUCGCCAAUCAGGUGGCCAGCGAUGCUGUUCAGAUAUUUGGAGGCAACGGCUUCAACAGUGAAUACCCGGUGGAGAAACUGAUGAGAGAUGCCAAGAUCUACCAGAUCUACGAGGGCACUGCUCAAAUCCAAAGACUCAUUAUUUCCCGAGAACACCUGGGAAGAUAUAAGAAAUAAACGCUGCGCACCUGACUUGUCCUCAUUCAAAUGUACUUUUGUUGUAACUUUUCUACACAUGCAUGUGUUCCUGGAAACAUAUCUGCUUAAUUAUACUCAGGAUACAUUUGCUGAAUGUAGUUUGCAAAUGUAUUUAGCCUUAACAGCACUUCAUCCGGCUGUAGUGUGGGGUUUGGUUAUUCGUUUUUUUGGUUUGUUUUAAACUGAUCCAGACUUUAAAUUGUUAGACAGCAGUCUACCUUUCACCCUUUCACAUCAGAACCUGUCAACAAGACCUGCCUGUCCCUUUUUUUAAAUUUUUUUUUAUGAACGGCUUUUCCAAAUGCAGCUCAAAACUGUGGCCUUAUUUUGUGUGAGGAUCACAACAUUUAGGCAAAAGAUCAAAUGACUACGUCCUGUCAGGCUACAGCCUCUGUAGGUUGUAAAUAAUGGAAGCCAGGCACAAACACUGCUGCUUUUGAUAGCAGUCUGGACUUUAGACUGUAAAGUUUUUUUUUUAUCUGGUAAAAUCGUUUGUUUCAGGGCAACUUGAUGAUAAACUUUGACAUAUUUGACUUUAUAAGUUGACAUGUGCAGCCCAAACAUGCAUUGAUUUCUUUAUUCUCAUAGGCAGUAAAAGCAUGCAAA